CCCGCCAAGCGAGGUGCGCUGUGGAAGUUUGCUGCAUCUGUGGGCGGGUUAGCAGGGGGUUGCUUGCUUCAGUUUCAACGACAGCAGUGGCCGUGAUAAGAAAAAUGAUAAAAUAAAAUGAAAUAAAACAAAAAAGAAUGAGUAAUGCGAAAGCGCGUGCUCAUGCGCGCAGCUUGUCAGCGACCUUACCCAUUUCACGAUGCAGGGCCCGGAGCGGGCCGUUCUUGCUCUGCUUGUCGGUGUCGCAGAGCAACGGAAAGGCGCGGGAGUGGGGUCGGCCGGCAGGGCAGCGCGGAGGUCCACGGCGGUCCAAAGUGCCCGACAGGUGUCCACUUGCACGAGGGAAAGGGAGCGGGCCGGCGGGUCAGGGACUCAGGGCAGAGAACGAGUGCCUGAAACCAUCAAGCAGCUCCCAGAUCUCUCUUUUUCCUCUUCGGCCGGUGGCAACGAAAAUCGGACGAAAUGCAGACUCCACGAGAGGGGUCGAAAGAAAGGACGACGACCUCUCACGGAUUUUCUUGUUCAGGCAGAAACCCGGCUGCCCUGCCCUCGCUUUCUGCAAGUGGCAGACCCCAAGCGAGGCCGCCGCCAAUGACUCCGCCUCUGGGAGUGGGGAAAGGGCAGACGGGCAGACUGGCAGACUGCAGGUGGUCCGCGAGACGGGAGCCAUGGGUGCAUCACGCCAACUCCAGCCACGGACUGCUGCCAGCCAUUCCAGGAUUAGCUAAGCUGGGGGACGAAGGGAACUGGGGGCUUGUUGCUCAAACAUGGAACCUUGAAUUGCUUUGACCUCUCGUGAACGGGGCCAA